AGAUGGCGGCGGCGGGGCGCCCGUCGCGGCCGGUGUUUACCGUGGUUCCUCGUCAAUGACGCUUCUGUGAGGAACUGUGCCGACAAAGACGGAAGGCGCGGCCCGGGUACAAGGCGCUAUCCCUUCACGUCCAGUCGCUUCUCGCAGGACUGGAAUGCCCCCUCGGGGUGGUCUGGGAUCCCUAGGAGAGAAACGAUAGAGUAUUUGCAGGCGUGUGUGGUCGGGCAUCUUGUGUGUGGAAUGUCUGCGCCCCACUCGGGGCCGUUUGAGCGCGGAGACGGGGGGAGUCAAGUUAGGGCUUUUCGUUGGAAACAUUGACGGGAGGAAGAUGGCGUCCCCCUCCUCACCCGGUGGUGUAAGAAGCCGGUGGUGUGAGACGGCCCUGAGGAGACGCUGGAUGCAGGGCGUGCUGGGGAGUGGCGCUCAGCGACGGGGUCGUGUCGUGUUGCUUUUAAUGCCAUCGCUGGCUGAAGGCCUGGCCAGUUCGGUCGCUUUACCUCCUUUACAGGAGUUUUCGACAAUAAAUGAUUCUGUCUGGAGAACUUGGACGGUUGCGGGUGAGUCGGAGGCUAGUGUUGGAGGCACGUUCGGAGGGGAGAAUUGCAUCCUGUGAACUUGGGUUAAGUCUCCGCUGCAGGAAUCGAUCCGCAGGGUCACGGCCAGAGCGGAUUUGCAGAGGAGGGUUUUACCAAACUGUUCAUGGCUGACGUGCGGCGGCCUGUAAAGCUGGGGAACUUGUGUUUUCCGCAGAUGAGGCACUCGAAGAGAAGUUACUGCGCCGAUUGGGACGAGAAGGACUGGGAGUCCGCCAAGUGGAGGAGCAGCAGCAGCCGCAAGAGGGCGCGGCGGUCCCCCAGCAGCGCCCGCGAGAGCAAGCGCUGCCAGUACGACCCCGCGAAAACCUCGGACAGUCAUUAUUUGGAAAGCAGGUCCCUAAAUGAGAGAGAUUAUUAUAGCCGGCGCUACGUUGAUGAAUAUAGAAAUGACUACAGUCAAGGGUGUGAGCCCGGGCAUCGCCACAGGGACCACGAAGGCAGAUACCAGAACCACAGCAGCAAGUCCUCUGGCCGGAGCGGACGGAGUAGCUAUAAAAGCAAGCACAGGACUCACCACAGUACCACCCAUCACCGAUCACACGCGAAGAGUCACCGAAGGAAAAGAUCCAGGAGUGUAGAGGAUGAUGAGGAGGGUCACCUGAUCUGUCAGAGUGGAGACGUACUAAGUGCAAGAUAUGAAAUUGUUGAUACUUUAGGUGAAGGAGCUUUUGGAAAAGUCGUGGAGUGCAUUGAUCAUAAAGUGGGAGGUAGACAUGUAGCAGUAAAAAUAGUUAAAAAUGUGGAUAGAUACUGUGAAGCUGCCCGCUCAGAAAUACAAGUGCUGGAACACUUAAAUACAACAGACCCCAAUAGUACAUUCCGCUGUGUCCAGAUGUUGGAAUGGUUUGAGCAUCGUGGUCACAUUUGCAUUGUAUUUGAAUUACUAGGACUUAGUACUUAUGAUUUUAUUAAGGAGAAUGGUUUUCUGCCAUUUCGACUGGAUCAUAUCAGGAAGAUGGCAUAUCAGAUAUGCAAGUCUGUGAAUUUUCUGCACAGUAAUAAGUUGACUCAUACCGACUUAAAGCCUGAAAACAUUUUAUUUGUGCAGUCUGACUACACAGAGGCAUAUAAUCCCAAAAUGAAACGUGAUGAACGUACCUUAAUAAAUCCAGAUAUUAAAGUUGUAGACUUUGGAAGUGCAACAUAUGAUGAUGAACAUCACAGUACAUUGGUAUCUACCAGACAUUAUAGGGCUCCUGAAGUUAUUUUAGCCUUAGGAUGGUCCCAACCAUGUGAUGUCUGGAGUAUAGGAUGUAUUCUUAUUGAAUAUUACCUUGGCUUUACAGUGUUUCCAACACAUGAUAGUAAGGAGCACCUAGCAAUGAUGGAAAGGAUUCUUGGACCUUUACCAAAACAUAUGAUACAGAAAACCAGGAAACGUAAAUAUUUCCAUCAUGAUCGAUUGGACUGGGAUGAACACAGUUCUGCUGGCAGAUAUGUUUCAAGGCGUUGUAAACCUCUAAAGGAAUUUAUGCUUUCUCAGGAUGCUGAACAUGAGCUUCUCUUUGACCUCAUUCAGAAAAUGUUGGAGUAUGAGCCAACUAAAAGGAUUACUCUCAAAGAAGCCUUAAAACAUCCUUUCUUUCAUCCCUUAAAAAAAACUACAUAGAUCUCUAAUUGUACAGCGAAAGAAGAGAUUUUAUAGACUGUAUCAGUCUAAUUAAGUUAUUUUGUACAGCUUUUGUAAAUUUCUUAAACUUUUAUAUUGCCUUGUUUAUUUUGUUUGGAUUGUUAAGUCCAUAGCUAAGUAAUGAACAUCUUUUUCAGUGAUUUCUGUAUAAAAUGAUCUAUUCAGAAUAAAUUUUUUUGUGUUUAUGAAGUUUA